AUGGCACCGAACGGGGUCAGUGCGGUCAUGGAACAGUUGACUGUGUACAGUGCUUCCUACCGGCCAAUUCCCCUCCCAUUGCCGGUGCGCCGCUGCCGGACUCCCGUGAAAAGGACGCUCGCUCCUUCGGUCGUCAUCACUGCACACCGGGAAGCAUAUCGGGUAAGAGAUCCUCAGAAACCGAUUAAGUUGAAACCACCUCAAGACCACGGAUUCCUGGACGGAGACGGUAUUGACCGUUUUAACUAUACGUCGUACAAAAUGCAUUACCCGGUAAAAGAAGGACUGCACCGCGCUCGACCGGUCACACCUCCAGUCCGACGGUCGCUAAAACACGUUCCAAUGGAAGUGGAAACAUCUACCGGUAAUGCGUACCGCCAUCCUGUUAUGAUGAAACUUUGGCGACGCCCUUCGAGUUCUUACAUAGUAUCAUCGGUACCGAUGGAAACGACAUCAGUGCACCGAGCGAGUUACAAACCACCACCGUGUAAUUUUGACUCCAAAGCAAAGGCUGAUAUCUGCCCUAGACGUGCUUUUGUCAACGAAUCGAUAAGGUCCGCAAUGCCCAUUACAAGUCACACCACUUAUACAACCUCAUAUCAUACAAGCCAUCCGAAUUUAAAACUUAUAGGACCGACACCAGCAAAAUUGCUUGAGUCAAAUAAAACGCCAAGAGCUCACGAUUAUAAAAUACCGAACAGUAAUAAAUUGAUUAAAUGUACAAGAAAAAUUGAACACGCAACAUAA